AUGAAGAUGGCAAUGUCUGUGAUCCAAGCGUGCCGCAGCCUGGCUCUCUCAACAUGGCUGCUGUCCUUUUGUUUCGUGCAUCUGCUGUGCCUGGACUUCACCGUGGCCGAGAAGGAGGAGUGGUACACGGCCUUCGUCAACAUCACCUACGCCGACCCGGCGGCCGGCAGCGCCGAGCUCCGCAGCGAGAAGAGCGAGUGCGGGCGUUACGGCGAGCAGUCGCCCAAGCAGGACGCCCGCGGGCAGGUGGCCCUCUCCGCCUCUCCCGCCGACCGCUACGCCUGCGACCCCGGCACCCGCUUCAACGCCCCGGCGCCGGGCAAGAGCUGGGUGGCCCUCAUCCCGCGGGGCAACUGCACCUACAAGGACAAGAUCCGCCACGCCGCCGCCCAGAACGCCUCCGCCGUGGUCAUCUACAACGUGGGCUCCAGCAACGCCAACGAGACCAUCACCAUGCCCCACGCAGGCCUAGAAGAUGUUGUAGCAAUAAUGAUUCCUGAACCCAAAGGAAAAGAGAUAGUGAGCCUCCUGGAGAGGAACAUUACUGUGAUGAUGUACAUAACCAUCGGGACACGCAACUUGCAGAAGUAUGUCAGCCGGACCUCUGUGGUGUUCGUCUCCAUCUCCUUCAUUGUGCUGAUGAUCAUCUCGCUGGCAUGGCUGGUCUUCUAUUACAUCCAGCGAUUCCGCUACGCAAAUGCCAGAGACAGAAAUCAGCGCCGGCUUGGAGACGCUGCAAAGAAAGCAAUCAGCAAGCUGCAAGUCAGAACAAUCAGGAAAGGUGAUAAGGAGACUGAGCCAGACUUUGAUAACUGUGCUGUUUGUAUUGAAGGCUACAAGCCCAAUGAUGUUGUCAGAAUUUUGCCUUGCAGGCAUCUUUUCCACAAGUCCUGUGUAGACCCCUGGCUGCUAGACCAUCGUACCUGCCCGAUGUGUAAAAUGAAUAUUCUAAAAGCUCUAGGGAUCCCGCCAAAUGCAGAUUGCAUGGAUGAUAUACCUCCAGACUUGGAAGCAUCUAUAGGAGGACCGCCAACCAACCAGAUAACGGGAGCCAGCGAUAUAACAGUGAACGAGAGCUCCGUAGCCCUGGAUCCCCCGGUGCGGACUGUGGGAGUACUACAAGUCAUCCAAGACGUAGACUCCUUUCCCCAGGUUGGGGAGGGUAACUUCACAACAAGCAAUGAACAGGAGCCAGCAGUCAGCAGCGAUUCAGAUAUUUCAUUGAUUAUGGCAAUGGAGGUUGGACUGUCCGAUGUGGAGCUUUCCACUGAUCAAGACUGCGAAGAGGUGAAGUCUUGAAAAACAAACAGAGAUCCAACAGUAAA